AUGGCGGGCUGGGCCCUAUGCAUGGCCCUGGUGCUGGCAGCACUGUCAGGAGCGGUGGGCGAGAGCCAGGGGCUCCACAUCACCCCAACAUCUAUGGGCCUCACGUUCUGCCGCCUGCGGGGGGGGGACACCCGGCCCCCUUGUGCCUACCGGGCCCGGCAGCUCCAGCACCACGUCCGUGUCACCUGCCUUAACGGGCUGCCCGUGCACCUUGCUGGCACCCACGCAUCCCCCCA